UCGGGACCCGUACUGCGCUCGCCGUGCACCCGCGGCGCGAUCUUUGGCCAAGAUGGCGGGCAAGCGGGCGCUGUUGAUCCUGGCCAAAGGCGCCGAGGAGAUGGAAGUCGUGAUCCCCACCGACCUGAUGCGCCGAGCCGAGAUCACGGUAAUAGUGGCCGGGCUGGCCAGUUGUGAAUCAGUAACCUGCAGCCGUAAUGUGGUCAUUUGCCCUGACUCCAGCCUGCAAGAUGCAAUCAAACAAGGGCCAUAUGAUGUAGUUGUAUUACCCGGAGGAAAUCUUGGAGCCCAGAAUUUAUCUGAGUCUCCUGCUGUAAAAGAAGUUUUGAAGGCCCAGGAAGCUAGAAAGGGUUUGAUUGCUGCCAUCUGUGCAGGCCCCACAGCUCUGCUUGCUCAUGGGAUUGGCUAUGGGCACAAAGUCACAACCCAUCCAUUGGCUAAGGACAAAAUGAUGACUGGAGGUAACUAUACUUACUCAGAAGCUCGUGUGGAAAUAGAUGGGAACAUCAUCACCAGCAGAGGGCCAGGCACCAGCUUUGAAUUUGGCCUUGCAAUUAUUGAAAAGCUUCUGGGAAAAGAGAUGGCUGAGAAGGUCAGGAUCCCCUUGGUUCUGUGAAAUGCCACCCGUGGCAUCCUGUGUGGAGGAAUUGGUUCAAUUGUUUUGAAACUAGGAGUCCCUUGUGCAUCAUUAAGAAAUAAUAAUGUCUUUAAGACUAUCAAGUUAAACGUUAUGAAUGCAGCAGGGAUAUAAAAUGUGAACUCACCAGAAUUAAAUCCUGACGGUAUAUACAAAAAGCUGCAUUUUUAUUCAACUGCUGUAUUGUGUGAAUCAAAUAGCUGCCAUUUGCUCCGGUUGAGAUGAGAACAUGUCAUUGUUUAGUUCCACUUCCCUGGACUUGCUCCGUAUCCUGCUUUUCCCAUGUAACUUCGAAGCAAGCCAAUUUUGCUUUUUGUAUAGUUUUGCAAAAUUGCUGUUACACAUUUGGGAACCAAAUAUUUUCUAAUUGGCUUCCUAUUCAUUUAGAGAAAUGUUUGCUCAAUCUUUUCAACUGAAAAAUGUGCAUUAGCAGUGUUUUCAAUUUUUUUUCCAUCUCAAAGUUCGGAUGAUUUCUGAAAUUAUGUCUAAAAAAAAAGUUGUUUGAUUUCCAGUGAAUGCUUAAUGAUGAUCAUUGGAAAGUGUAGAAUUAAAUUGCCACAAAUUAUUUGGCUUUGGAAUUCCUACUUGCUAGACCUGCAGUCUUUGAAUCAACACUAAGCAACAGUGUUUCAGCACUGGUGGACACAAAAAAUGCCGGAGUAACUCAGCGGGUGAGGCAACAUCGCUGGAGAAAAGGAAUUGGCGACGUUUUGAGUCGAGACCCUUCUUCAGACUGAAGAAGGGUCUCGACCCGAAACGUCGCCCAUUCUUUUUCCCCAGAAAUACUGCCUCAUCCGCUGAGUUACUCCAGCAUUUUGUGUCUACCUUCGAUUUAAACCAGCAUCUGCAGUUCUUUCUUACAGUAUUUGAGCACUCACAGCCUUGUAAAUUGGCUGUCAAAAUAUCAAAAAUUGGUGUGGUUUUAGUAGAUUAAUUUAUUGCACCAAAUAAAAAUUGAUCGCAGCUGUCUUCCAUGUUUACAUUUCUGCUACCUGGUACCUUGAAUUUACGGUAAAACCAGUGGUCACCUUCAUAACCAAGCAAGGUUUGCUUUCAAGUGUCAAUAUAUGGAACUAUUAUCUCAAGGUACUGUGGAGCAACAGUAACUUCGGUAUGUUAUUGUAGCAGUCAAUUUUCCCUGUGAAGGAGAAUUGACACAAUAUUACAUACGGUAAUUGGUACAGAAGAGGACUUUUGAAAUGUGAUCUGGGGAACAUUUUUGGAUUGAAUGUUUCUGGCCCAAUACGAAAGGCUUUGCAAGAAAAAGUUCUAAGAAAUGUGCCAGGUGAAGUGGACGAUACAUUCAUGGGGUAACUUCUAGGGAAUAGAGAUAACAAUACCACGGUGGCUGAUGUAUAAAUGAAUUGUUUGUCAGAGACAAACUAUCAAAGUAAACAAUGUAAUAAAAUUGUAGCUACUAAAAUUGUAUCGAAUCUCCUGCUGUUAUUUAUUAUUGAUCUUAAGAGUAUACAGACUUGGUAUAGUUUGAGAGACUCCACAGAGGGUCUCCAAGAGAAUGUCUGUUUUUGAUGAAUAAAGACCUUCAUGACUAGAA